AUGAUAAAAAGGGAUAUAGAGAGUGGCCAGGAUGAAUACAAUAUGAGUUUCUUGGUUAAGAAGGUUUGUUUUGGGUGGGCAGGAAGUGCUGGGAUGCAGCCAGAUAAACUGGUGGUAGUAUGGACAAGAAGAAGCCGAAGGAAGUCUUCUAAGGCUCAUAGUUGGCAACCCGGAAUAAAAAAUCCAUACCGUGGUGUUGUUGUUUGGCCUGUUCCUGAAAACAUUGAAAUCACUGUAACUCUAUUUAAGGAUCCUCAUGCAGAAGAAUUUGAAGACAAGGAGUGGACAUUUGUCAUAGAAAAUGAAUCCCCUUCUGGUCGAAGGAAAGCUCUUGCUACGAGCAGCAUCAAUAUGAAACAGUAUGCAAGCCCUAUGCCAACUCAGACUGAUGUCAAGUUAAAAUUCAAGCCAUUGUCUAAAAAAGUUGUAUCUGCCACUCUCCAGUUUUCAUUAUCUUGCAUUUUCCUUCGGGAAGGAAAAGCUACGGAUGAAGAUAUGCAAAGUUUGGCUAGUCUGAUGAGUAUGAAGCAAGCUGACAUUGGCAAUUUAGAUGACUUUGAAGAAGAUAAUGAAGAUGACGAUGAGAACCGUGUAAAUCAAGAGGAAAAGGCAGCAAAAAUUACAGAACUUAUCAACAAACUUAACUUUUUGGAUGAAGCAGAAAAGGACUUGGCUACUGUGAAUUCAAAUCCAUUUGAUGAACCUGAUUUAGCAGAAUUAAAUCCAUUUGGAGAUCCUGACUCAGAAGAACCAAUCACUGAAACAGUGUCACCUAAAAAGCCAGAAGAAUCUUUUUAUAAUAACAGCUAUAAUCCCUUUAAAGAUACACAUACUCCACAGUAUUUGAACCCAUUUGAUGAGCUAGAAACCUUUGUGACUCUAAAGGAUUCUUCUCCUCAGUCUAUAAAAAGAAAAAAUAUAAGACCCGUGGACAUGAGCAAGUACCUCUAUGCUGAUAGUUCUAAAACAGAAGAAGAGUUGGAUGAAUCAAAUCCUUUUUAUGAACCAAAACCAAGUUCUCCAAAUAAUUUGGUAAAUAUGGUUCAAGAAGUAGAAACUGAAAGAAGAGUGAAAAGAAAGGCCCCUGUUCCACCAAUCCUUUCACCAAAGACAGGAGGAGUAAAUGAGAACACAGCUGUUUCUGAAGGAAGAGAUCUCUCUACUUCUCCUAAGCCAAGCCCUAUACCAAGUCCUGUUUUGGGGCGAAAGACAAAUGCUAGUCAGUCAUUGCUUGUAUGGUGCAAAGAAGUUACAAAAAACUACAGGGGAGUGAAAAUCACCAAUUUUACUACGUCAUGGAGAAAUGGUUUAUCUUUCUGUGCAAUAUUACACCACUUUAGACCAGAUUUAAUUGACUACAAAUCUCUGAAUCCUCAAGAUAUUAAAGAGAACAACAAAAAGGCUUAUGAUGGAUUUGCCAGCAUAGGAAUUUCCCGGUUAUUGGAACCUUCUGAUAUGGUUUUAUUAGCAAUUCCUGACAAACUGACUGUUAUGACUUAUCUGUAUCAAAUAAGGGCACAUUUCAGUGGCCAGGAACUCAAUGUUGUUCAGAUAGAGGAAAACAGCAGUAAAAGCACAUAUAAAGUUGGAAUCUAUGAAACAGAUACAAACAGUUCUGUUGAUCAAGAAAAAUUCUAUGCAGAGCUUAGUGAUCUGAAUCGGGAACCUGAACUGCAACAGCCUAAGAGUGGAGCAGUGGACUUCUUAUCACAGGACGACUCAGUGUUUGUAAAUGAUAGUGGUGUUGGAGAAUCAGAAAGUGAGCAUCAGACUCCUGAUGAUCACCUUAGUCCAAGUCCAGCCUCCCCUUAUUCUCGCAGGACUAAAAAUGACACGGAACCCCAAAAGUCCCAGCAGAGCUCUGAAAGGACUUCAGGAUCUGAUGACCCUGGAAUAUGUUCCAAUAUAGAUUCAACCCAAGCACAGCUUUUGUUAAGUAAGAAGAGACUACUAAAAACUGAGACUUUAGAAUUAAGUGACUUAUAUGUUAAUGAUAAAAAGAAGGAUAUGUCUCCACCCUUGAUUUGUGAGGAGGCUGACCGGCAAAAACUUCCAACUGUAGACAUCAUUAGUAACUUGGAGCAAGAUAAAAAAGAGAAUUCCAGACCCCUACAAUGCAGAUCAGAUGCUGAAUCACCUUUCAAAAAGCCAAGUUUAUCUCCUACUUCUAAACUUGGAUACUCAUACAAUAGAGAUGCAGAGUUUGCGAAGAAAAAAUGUGCUUCCCUGAGGCAGACAGAAUCUGAUCCAGAUGCUGAUAGAACCACUUUAAAUCAUACAGAUCAUUCUACCAAAACCGUCCAGCAUCGAAUGCUAUCCAGACAAGAAGAACUUAAAGAAAGAGCAAGAGUUCUGCUUGAGCAAGCAAGAAGAGAUGCAGCUUUAAAGGCAGGGAAUAAGCAAAAUACCAACACAGCCACACCGCUCUGCAAUAGGCAGCUAAGUGAUCAGCAAGAUGAAGAGCGACGUCGGCAGCUGAGAGAGAGAGCUCGUCAGCUAAUAGCAGAAGCUCGAUCUGGAGUGAAGAUGUCAGAACUUCCCAGCUAUGGUGAAAUGGCUGCAGAAAAGUUGAAAGAAAGGUCAAAGGCAUCUGGAGAACAAAAUAGUAAAUUGGUGGACUUGAAGUUGAAGAAGCUCCUGGAAGCACAGCCACAGGUGUCAAAUUCACUCUCCAGUGCUGCCCAGAAAGCUGUAACUGAGAGCUCAGAGCAAGACAUUAAGAAUGGCACAGAAGAUCUCCGGACUGAGAGAUUACAAAAAGCAACAGAACGUUUUAGAAAUCCCGUUACGUUCAGCAAGGAUUCUACAGUCAGAAAAACUCAACUUCAGUCUUUCAGUCAAUAUGUUGAAACUAGACCAGAGAUGAAAAGGCAGAGAUCAAUAAAGGAAGAUACAAAUAAAGGAAAUGAGGAGAAGGCAGCGAUAACUGAAACUCAGAGGAAGCCAUCAGAAGAUGAAGUGCUUAAUAAAGGAUUCAAAGACACCAGUCAGUAUGUUGUAGGAGAAUUGGCAGCUCUAGAGAAUGAGCAAAAGCAAAUUGACACCCGUGCCGCGCUGGUGGAGAAGCGCCUUCGCUAUCUCAUGGACACAGGAAGGAACACAGAAGAAGAAGAAGCUAUGAUGCAAGAAUGGUUUAUGUUAGUUAAUAAGAAAAAUGCCUUAAUAAGAAGAAUGAACCAGCUCUCUCUUUUGGAAAAAGAACAUGAUUUAGAACGAAGGUAUGAGCUGCUGAACCGGGAAUUGCGGGCAAUGCUAGCCAUUGAAGACUGGCAGAAGACAGAGGCCCAGAAACGACGCGAGCAGCUCCUGCUGGAUGAGCUGGUGACUCUGGUGAACAAGCGCGAUGCACUCGUCAGGGACCUAGAUGCGCAGGAGAAACAGGCCGAAGAAGAAGAUGAGCAUUUGGAGCGAACUCUGGAGCAAAACAAAGGCAAGAUGGCCAAGAAGGAGGAGAAAUGUGUUCUUCAGUAGCCUUCAGACCAGAAUCUCUCCCAGCAUUUUAGAGUCUUGGGUCCCCAGACCAGAAACAGUCAGACUGGUUGAUUUAAAACUUUUAACAUUUUGUUUGACUGGAUUCUACUUCUAUACCACCACCACCCCUUUUUCUCCUUUCCAGAUACUAUACAGAACUCCAAAAUAGCUUUGUUAAGGGAUUUUUUUUGUGUGUGAGUUAAUCAUUUUCUUUGAAAUCAUGUGAAAUAGAUUUGCACAGACACCUUGUGAGUAAUUGGUACUGGAAGUGUUCAAGAAACUGUUCUAAAAAGAAAAACCGCUU